ACGAAGGUUCAGGGGUUAUGGGAGGGUUGCUCAGGGGUUUAUAGCGCUGUAGCGCCGGCAAUACACUAAGAGCCAUCCACUGAAUGUGGAGUCUUGGGCUAUUCUAGUACCAAUGAACCCGCCCUAUCGGUACGAGGGAUGUUGAUGUGAUCCGAUUUUCGAUCCCCUUUCCGAAUAAGCUCUUUGCUUUACUUCUAGAACCGCUGAUCCUUUUUUUCUGAUUCCUCCCAUUUUCCUUCUCCUUUAUAACCCUUAAAAUACACUUAAUAUUUUCUUCAACAACAUUCUUUCUAUUUAUUAUCCUCACGACCUUUAGCUGCUCCUUGUAGCUGUCAUUCGCUUACCGUCGUCGACUUUCCCUCGCUUAAUAACCUCUUAAUACACUAUCAAGAUGCGUUUCUCUUCGGCACUUGUCGGCCUUGCAGCCACCGCUAGCACUGCUACUGCUGCUGUUAGUGCUGCUAAUUCCGGCAUCAAAGGCUUCAACUAUGGAGCCUUUUUCCUCAACCAAGCUGCUAAGCAACAAGCCGACUUCGAAUAUGAAUUCAACCGCGCCAAAACCCUCAGUGGUACUACUGGAUGGACGAGCGCUCGUCUCUACUCUAUGAUCCAAUGGGGAACCGCUAGUGAUGUUAUUAGCGCCAUCCCGGCCGCCAUUUCAACCAAAACAACCCUUUUAUUGGGUCUCUGGGUAUCGGGCAGCGACCAAGCCAUCACGAACGAAAUCGCCGCCCUCAAGGCCGCCAUUAGCCAAUACGGCUCAGCCUUUACCGACCUCGUUGUCGGUAUCUCUGUCGGCAGCGAAGAUCUCUACCGAGACGGUAGCGGCGAAGUCGGCGUCGGUCCCCAGAGGCUCAUCGACUGCAUCUCACAGGUGCGCAGCGCGAUCUCCGGCACCCCGCUCGCUGGUGUCCCCGUCGGCCACGUCGAUACGUACGACUCGUUCCUGAACGGCACGAACCGCGCUGUCAUCGACAACAUCGAUUGGCUAGGUUUCGACGGCUACCCUUACUGGGAACAGAGCAAGCCCAACAGCAUCAGCGACGCACCCGAACGAUUCUACGACGGUUUCAACAAGACUAAGGCACUUGCUGGCGAUAAGCCCGUAUACGUUACUGAGACUGGUUGGCCUGUAUCUGGAAAGACAGUCGGUGCUGCUGUACCCAGUGCCGAGAACGCGCGUAUCUACUGGCAGGACAUUGCUUGCAGUUUGAUUGCUAGCGGUGUUAACCUCUGGUGGUACGACCUCCAGGAGUCUCAGUACGGCCAGGCUUCCCCCGACUUCGGCAUCUUCCCUGCCGGCGACCUGAACGCUGUCCAACAGAGCUAUGAUCUAUCUUGUUAAUUUCCUUUGCGAACGAACCUCGUUAUCCUAGACACUUGAAGAACAUAGAUCCUAUAAUGGCCAUUGCUUUGGGAGAUUUUGGUGUUAAUACUUGACGUUGGGCUUUUUGGACAUAGAGGUUAGAAGGUUAGGCUAUGGACUAUAUAAUGCAAUUUAGGGUUACCACAUGGUUGAUUACGCGCAUUGCUCGGGUUCUUGCAGUAGUAUACACAUAGGGAAUACUACGCUUUAAUGUUUUGGACCGGGAGACUAGGCGUAAAUAAGGUCCAACCUCUUAUCAUUGCAACACUAUUGCUAUUCCAACUUAACAUAGUGCUGAUUAUUCGAUGUUAGCCAUUGUCGAUUAGAAAAUUUGGCUGGUACGAGUCUAUAAAUAUACGCUAGUUAAAUUUAGAAGAUAAUAGCUGUCAAUUGUUUUUUAUCGACAUGAUAUUUGCUGAACAUAUACCUACUUUUUAUCC